AUGACGCUCCCCCUCCGCCCAACGCCCUCGACCUCCUCCUCCUUCGACAUCGUCUCCACAUACCGCCACCUCCUUUCCACAAACCCCGCCUACACCCAACCCGUCGCCGCCAUCCAAGCCCUCAUCGAACUCCUAAACGCCCAGCCCACCUCCACCGUCUUCGAGACCCUCGACCUCAUCAAGUCCCAGGUCGCCAUCCUCCAUGCCUCCGUCAGGAACCCCGUGCCGCUCAUGGCGGGCACCGACCUCUUCGAGCGCUUCAUCGUCCAGUCUCUGAGGCAGCGCGAAGACGACGAGUCGCGCCGUAGUGGAGGCUUCGCGGCCACGCGCGACCACUUACUCUCCAAUUCAGCCGUCUUCGCUACCCGCGCCAUCCAAGCCCGUGAGAGCGUCGCCAACAUCGGCUGGAAGCUCGUAAAGGAUGGCUCGACGGUGCUGACAUCCGGCGCGUCUCGGGCCGUCUCCGGCCUCAUCCUGCGCGCCGCCGAGCAAGCGGUCAUCCGCACGGGUCGCGUCACCUUCCAGGUCGUCUACGUGCGGGACGAACGUCGCCGCGAGGAAAGCGACCAGGUCUGCGCCGAGCUGCGAAAGGCGAGCAUCCCCGUCGCCGAGAUCCCCGAGACGGCCGUCGCCCACGUCAUGGGCCUCCAGCGCAGGAUUACCAUGGUCAUCGUUGGCGCCGAGGCCGUGCCGCAGAGCGGGGGCAUCAUUUCGCGCCUGGGGACGGCGCAGAUUGCAAAGUUGGCUUAUGCGCAUGAGCCGCAGAUUCCUUUCUACGUCGCUACCGAGGAGCAUAAGUUUGUGAGGAUGCCGACGCUGCCUACGGGGCAGAAGGAUAAGGAUUUGGGCUUUGCGCAGAGUCUGCUGGACUUUACGACGGAAGGGCCUAGUCGGUUGCCAGAGGACCCGAUUGAUUACACUCCCCCCGAGUGGAUCACAAAUCUUGUCACUGAGUUUGGCAUUCAUAAACCCGAGUAUCCUUUCCUUCAGCUCAUGGAUGCCUAUGGCACCAUGGUCCCCGACCGCAUCCUCACCAAGGCCCAUGCGGAUUUAGAAGAGGAAGGCAUGUUGGAGGAGGCCUAA